CGAAAGAGAAAGAAAAAAAAAACUAUUUCUUAAUUAAUAAGAAAAAAGAAAGAAAAAAAAAACACUUUAGUUAUUCCUUAGUGAAAACGAAAGAAGAAAGAAAGGGAAAUAAACAGAAAAAAAGGCGAUCUCAUAAUACUCAAGUAAAAAUUUCCGACACAAGAUUCGAAACCCAGGAUCGAGCUCGUGUUCCCCUUGCUACACGAGGAUGGCGAGGAGGAUGACCUUAUCCCGAGCGCUGGUGACCUUAGCGCUCCUGACGGUGGCCUUUGGAGGGGAAGGGACCCAGGCCUUUCCUUGGAGGGAGCCGAGACAGACGUCCUUCUUCAGCGGGCUCGUCAACGCCCUCCUCAGGUCGUCGUCGGAUUUUCAAAGCUUCGCCUCCACGGCGGAUCUGUGUCGAAUGGCCGGUUAUGAGGUCGAGGAGCAUCGCGUUGUAACCGAUGAUGGUUAUAUACUCACCGUUCAUCACGUGCCACCUUUCGCUAACCCUACGAGAAAGGGAGGGCAUUCAGAAAGUGAUCAUUCCCCUCCCGCGACCCCGGACAAGGACGAAAGAAGGUCGAGAAGCGCGGAAACGGCAGGAGAAGGCGGUCAUGCGCAUGUUGGAUCAGGCAAUGUUGUAUUCCUUCAACAUGGUCUCAUGGGAUCGUCGGAUAAUUGGAAUACGAAUACUGAAGAAGACAGUUUAGCUUAUCUCCUGUCCAACGCCGGCUUCGAUGUGUGGAUGGGAAACUUCCGGGGAAACAUAUAUUCUCGGGGUCACGUCUCCAUGACCCAUGAUAACCCCGAAUUCUGGAGGUUCAGCUACGACGAGAUGGCCCGCCACGACCUGCCCGCCAUGCUGGACUACGUGGCCAACCGCACCCGCGCCGAGAAGAUGCACUACGUCGGGCACUCGAUGGGCACCACCGUCUUCUUCGCCCUCAUGAGCUCCCGGCCAGAGUACCAGAGCAAAGUGAGGUCCAUGGUGGCCCUCGCGCCCGUGGCCACCGUCGAGAGCAUCACCUCGCCCAUCAAGUACCUGGCGCCCAUCGUCAGCGAACUUCAUUUCAUGCUCCGCCUCUUCGGUAAUGACGAGGAACUCAUGACCAACCGCCUCCUGACCUCGCUGUGGGACCCCUACCGCGUGUGUGGCAGCCAGGCCAUUUGCGAGAAUCUGCAGUUCAUGAUCACGGGAUUCGACCCCGACAGGGCGGACAAGAAAAUGGUUCCUGUUAUCCUUUCGCAUAACCCCGCAGGCGCUUCGACCCAAACUCUGUUCCAUUUUGUACAAGGAUUUAAUUCGGGUCGUUUUCAGCAGUACGACUGGGGCAAGAAAGGCAACAUGCUGAAGUACGGGACAGAGCAACCACCCGAGUACGACGUCUCGAAAAUCAACCUUCCUGUCACGCUGUUCUGGGGCGCCAACGACUGGCUGACCGGUAAAGAGGACAUCAACCGGCUCGAGAAACAACUGCCCCAACUCCAAGCCAGUUAUAAGGUAUCGAAUCCUGCCUUUAGCCACUUGGAUUUCCUCUGGGCAACAGACGCCCGUUCUCUCGUCUAUGAUAAGCUCUUCGAUAUCUUGAACAACGAAGUGAGAACUUGAUGCUGUUGAUGAUAAUAAUAAUAAAAAAUAGUUAAUUUGUUGUUAAUAUUGACAAUGUGUUUAUAAAAGAUGUGUGUUGUAAUUUUGUAUUUGGCGUCUGUGAUUUCCGGAAUUUAUUUGGGGUUAUAAUUUAAAGAAUGGUGAUAUUCUCUGAACCACUUUAAGCAUUGUUGCAGUUAUUAUCAUUAUUACUGAAAUUGUUAAAUUAUCAGAUCCAUAUACUAAUAAUAUUACCAUUAUUGGUAACAGAAACAUUAUAAUGAUAAUUAUUAUUAGUUAUUAUUAUCAAUGUCAUUAUAUUUGCCA